AUGCGCAGUGAAAGUGAUUUGCUGCAGUGGAAGAGCGAGGGUCUACCAAGAGAUGAUCUCAGUCAGGAGAAUGCCAUCGCCAUGCUAGAUGCGGCGCAGACGCCGCUUGUCGUUGACCCGGCAAAUCAGGCGAUUGAGUGGGUAAAGACACACUUCAGGAACAACAACGUCGUCACGGAGAUCACAUCCGUGCAUGAUGAACGCUUUGCCCAUACACUAGAGCUCGCAGUACGGUUUGGAAAAACCCUUCUUGUGGUAGACGUAGAUGGAAUUGAGCCCAUUUUGUAUCCUCUGCUGCGACGAGAGCUUCUCUCAACAGGAGCCAAACGUGUUGUACAGGUUGGUAGCAAACAAGUAGAUUGGCAAGACACAUUCCGUAUUAUGCUCUUUACACGGCGCACAGAUCUUGCCCUCCCUCCAGGUGCCGCGGCGUUGGUGUUGGAAGUAAACUUUUCAGUCACACGGUUCGGUCUUGAGAAUCAGCUUCUGGGGGUGAUAAUUCAACAUGAGCGCCCCGAACUUGAACAGCAGCGUGUGGAGUUGUUGAAACGGGAAGAGAAUCUCAAACUAGAACUUGGCAAGCUUGAGGAUAGACUACUAAAUGACCUUGCAAGUUCACAUGGAAAUUUGUUGGAGAAUGCAGCUCUGAUUGGGGCUCUCAAUGAUGUGAAGAUGCAGGCGUCGAGUAUUACGGAAGCACUACAACAGUCCCAUUCGCUUCAGAUGGAGCUGGACGAGAAACGUAACGUGUACCGUCCAUUUGCUGGUAAGGGAGCCACUAUUUUCUUCCUUGUGAGGGAUCUUGAGAAAAUGAAUCGCAUGUAUCAUUUUGGACUCAGCGACUUUAUCGAUUUGUUUGUUGAGUGCCUGCAUGCAUACAGCGGAGACUCAGAUGUGGAGUCUAAAAUAAAAUUGCUUACCCUCAGCUUUGCGCAGAAGUGUUUCUUUCACGUCAGCGUAGGUCUUUUAAAAAGUGACCGACUUGUAUUUGGAAUGCAUUUGCUACAAGGUUUCUUUCCAGACGAAUUUCCUCCGUCGUUGUGGAAUGUGUUUAUUGGUGUUGCGGCUGCCACGACUAGUACUCCGACCACUAAUGCAACCAGCAGUAAUGGUGAGGUAACUCAUGGUGGCAAUGCGGAAUUCCCUACAUGGGCUCCAGCGACAUCACAGACGAAGUUUGUCACUAUAACAGCUGAUGAGCUUGCCGCAGGGCAGGUGCAAAAGUGGCAACUAGGCGACAGCGAACGGUGGAGCAAAUGGAUGCUGGAAAGUUCACCCGAGGAAAGUCUUGCGAAAGAUGCGAGUCUUACGUUAAUGGAUCAACUCCUUAUUAUUAGUACCUUUCGGCCAGAUCGCUUGUUUGAUUUCAUGCAUUAUAUCAUUGUGAAACUCUUAAAACUUGACACACUUGUACCCGUCACAUCACUGGAAGAAACCCUCAGUUGUGGCAAGGCUACUAGGCCCCUUAUUCUCAUCACUUCCAGGGGGGCAGAUCCAAGUUUGGAGAUUCAAGACAUUGCAUUACGUGUGGUGGGAAAAGGACGCUUUACGCAGAUUGCUUUGGGGGGUGGACAAACCGAAGAUGCCAUGCUGCAACUUCAUCGAUGUGCCGCACAGGGAGACUGGCUCUUCUUGAAAAAUCUGCAUCUUGUACUGGACUGGGCAUUGAUACUUGAGAAGGAAUUGUGCGCUAUGCCUAUCCCCAACGCAGGGUUUCGCCUUAUAAUUACAACGGAACCACAUGAUUUCUUUCCCGUCGUCUUGCUACGUAUGUCAUCAAAGGUGACGAUAGAGGCACCUCCAGGCAUGAAGCAAAAUCUUUUGCAAUCCUACACGACGUGGGAUGAAGCUUUUCUGCAAGGCAAAACAAAGACGACGUCUCAAGUGCUGUUUGGCUUGGCCUGGUUUCACGCUCUUCUGCAGGAACGGAGGAGUUAUGUUCCACAGGGCUGGGUGAAAUUCUACGAGUUUUCUUCCACUGAUCUAAAGUCUGCAGCGGAUGUGCUUUGUACCUUCUCGCGUGAUAAGGUGGACUGGACGACGGCACGUGGACUACUACAAGAUUGCAUUUACGGUGGACGUUUAGAAAACUCGCACGAUGAGCGUGUUCUGGAACUGCUUGUCUCUAGAAUAUUUAACGAUAACACCCUUGUGAGGUGCCAACAGUCGUUGUAUGAUGGCAUGCAUGUACCCGCCACAAACGUGCAUAGGGCAGUUGUGCAAUUUAUUCGCGAGCACCUUCCUGACGCAGAUGCUCCGUCUAUACUGAGUCUUCCCGAUAACGCUGAUCGUGCCGUGAAGGAGCAAUUUGCUGUGUACCUGCGAGAAAAUUUACGCUCCUUCUCGCAUCUUGCACACGUCAACGCUUCAGCAACCGAGGCAUGGCGAACGCUUCUUACCCCCGUUUUGGAGCUGUGGGCAACUAAUGGUUUGGAGCCCGAAGGAAGCGUGGUUCCUGUUUCACCCGGCGACAAUAAUAAGAAUCCAAUGACUGUUUUCUUCAUGAGCGAAUUGGAACUGUUGUCAGGCAUCGUCUCGAGUCUUGCAGCGACCUUUGCUGAUUUAUGCUGCGUUGUGGAGGGCACACUCAUUCCGUCACUGGAGCUGCGCAGGGAGGGGACGGAGCUCAUCGGCGGCCGGGUGCCGGACAGAUGGUUGGAUCUUAUGGAUGGGCCUAAAGAUGUGAAGCUGUGGCUUGCCCUCUUGCGUCGACGGAGAGAUACGAUGAUGGAAUACGUAAAACUUCCCUUCUCUCCAUCGUCAACACCAUUUGACUUGAUGGACUUUCUGCGGCCCCAAACAUUUCUAAAUGCCUUGCGGUUGUACACUGUGCGUACAAGCAAUGAUUCACUCGUCGAGUUGAGGCUAGUGGCCGCACCUGUCGGCGGUGUUGCGGACGGGGUUGGCAUUGGUGUCAUACUUAAAGGGAAGUCCAUUCAUCUUCAAGGAGCGUUGCUGGAUGCACAUGGCGUGGUGUCGUUGGCAUCCGCAUGCUCACCGUCCUCAACGUUGUUGAAAUGUGAUCUGCGGGCUGUGUGGGUGAGCACGCGGCAGGCCAACGACAUGGUGGCUAGCAUUCCCAUUUACACGAACGCCGAGCGCACCACAACUAUUAUGGACCUCUCUGUUCGUUGCGACGCUGACGUUGCGGAAAAACUGCUCCUGGGCGGAGUGGCGGCGUUUCUUAUGUAUGCGUAG